AUGCAAAGUUCGAUCCUCUCAAAUGCUCAGUUUCAUCGUGGAUCGUUGGUUAGUCGAGCUUCGUCUGCCUCUCGUAUUUUACCUAGUCUCAAUGGCAGAGUUUCUUCCGCCAGGCACCUACGGAAUAACUCUUAUCAGGGCAACUCUAAUUUUUGGCGAGGCCGUGGAUCUGGUUCUUACGGACCAUCAGGAGCAAAUGUUGGAGGUGCUGGGGCAAGUAAUAGUGUGGCGGGGACCUCAGCUGUUGCCCGACAGCAACAACAACAGCAAAGCAUUACUGGGAUCCGAGCACUUCCAACUUCCGAGGGACUUGGAUUCCUCGUUGUGACAAAAACUGGUUUGCUUUCUGUGUUUGCACCCGAAUUUACAGAUGAUUCAGCUGUGAUGACAGCACCUGAAGGAGCUUCACCAAAUCGCCUCGAUUGUCCUGCUUUGGGAAGAAAUUCAACCUGGUCAAUGGGUCCACUAAUUGUAGAGACGCCGGGACGAUAUCUGGUACGUGAUAUGGGCUGUAAUUUAAUUUUUGAAUGA